GUCGCCGUGUGAAGCCCGAGCGGGCCCCGCUCCGCGGCCGGCCGGCGCCAUGAAGCUGCGCGUGCGGAUUCAGAAGCGGACCUGGCCGCUGGAGGUGCCCGGAGCGGAGCCCACGCUGGGGCAGCUGCGCGCGCACCUGAGCCAGGCCCUGCUGCCCACCUGCGGGCACAGUUCUGAUACCCGAUUUGCAAUUACAUUGAACAACAAGGAUGCCCUCACUGGAGAUGAAGAGACCUUGGCUUCAUAUGGGAUUGUUUCUGGGGACUUGAUAUGUUUGAUUCUUGAAGAUGCCAUUCCAGCACCUAACUUACCUUCAUCCACAGAUUCAGAGCAUUCUUCACUUCAGAGUAAUGACCAACCCUCUUUGGCUACCAGCUCCAAUCAGGCCAGCAUACGGGAUGAACAACUGAGUGGGUCAUUCCAAGGACAGGCAGCCCAAUCUGAUGUCUGGAAUACUGGCGAUAUGGCAGAGCCUAGUCAAAAUGUUGAAGCUGAGUCAAUUCAGGAUGUUGUGAUUAUGGAAGAGGUCACAGGUUUCUAUCCCUCAGAACCCAUGCUCUGCAGUGAAUCAGUGGACGGGCAAGUGCCACAUUCGCUGGAGACCUUAUAUCAGUCAGCUGACUGUUCUGAUGCCAGUGAUGCUUUAAUAGUGUCGAUACAUCUUCUUAUGUUGGAGUCAGGCUACAUACCUCAGGGGACUGAAGCCAAAGCAGUGUCCAUGCCAGAGAAGUGGAAGUCUCGUGGUGUGUACAAGCUGCAGUACACACACCCUCUCUGUGAGGGCGGCUCUUCUUCUCUCACCUGUGUGCCUUUGGGAAACCUGGUCGUCAUAAAUGCUACACUAAAAAUCAACAAUGAGAUUAGAAGUGUGAAAAAAUUGCAGCUGCUGCCAGAAUCUUUUAUUUGUAAAGAGGAACCAGGGGAAAACGUAGCUAAGAUAUACAAAGAUCUUCCGAAGCUCUCCCGCCUCUUCAAAGACCAGCUGGUGUAUCCUCUUCUGGCUUUUACCCGACAAGCACUGAACCUACCAGAUGUAUUUGGGUUGAUUGUCCUCCCAUUGGAGCUGAAGCUACGGAUCUUCCGACUUUUGGAUGUUCGUUCGGUCCUGGCUUUAUCUGCAGUUUGUCGUGACCUAUUAAUUGCUUCAAAUGACCCACUUCUGUGGAGGUGUUUAUAUUUGCGUGAUUUUCGAGAUAAUACUAUUAGAGUUCGAGACACAGACUGGAAAGAACUGUACAGGAAGCGGCACAAGCAAAGAAAAGAAGCCCAGAGAGGCCGGCAUGUAAUGUUCCUGCCGUCGUCACCCCACCCCAUUCCAUUUUACCCCAACCCCUUGAGCCCCAGGCCCUUUCCUCCCAGCUCCCUCCUUCCUCCAGGAAUUAUUGGGGGUGAAUAUGAUGAAAGACCAUCACUGCCCUAUGUUGGGGACCCAAUCAAUUCACUCAUUCCUGGGCCUGGGGAGACCCCCAGCCGGUUCCCUCCACUGAGACCACGUUUUGAUCCAAUUGGCCCAUUUCCAGGACCUAACCCCAUCUUGCCAGGGCGAGGUGGCCCCAAUGACAGAUUUCCCUUCAGACCCAGCAGGGGUCGGCCAACUGACAGCCGGCUGCCUUUCAUGUGAUUGCCUUGAGAUCUCACUUCUGGAGCUCCAUUUGCUUUUGGUUUUGUUUUUAAAACUACAGACAUCAUCUCCUUGGGGUGCUGAUCUCUAGUGUUAUUUUCUGAUUGUGGUGGUGAGAAAUGCACUCCCAGGUAUUUUUCAAUAGACAUAUUUACAGCUCCAGGGGUGGUAGGGCCUGAAGGUUACUCUGUGACAAGGCUGCCUUGGGAAUAGUGGCCACUGCUUUCCCUGCUCUGGUUUCCUCUGUAGAAUAAAGGCUGUUUCCUGAUGAUGUUCUGCACCAGAUUAAAAAGAAGUGUAAAUUGCA